UCUCUCGUCUCUCUCUCUUUCCCUCUCCUGAUUGAUCUCGUCUGGCUGCCUUUUUUGUCUUCCUUGCUGCUGCUGCUGCUGCUUCUGCUUCUGCUGUUAUUGUCGUUGAUGACCCUCGCUCCUUCUCGAUCCACUCUCACUCAUUAUUGCCCUGCCCUGCUCCCUUCUUUUCCAUCACCCUCACUCCGUUUAUCAUCCACCCACACAUACAUCUAUCCAUCCAUCCAGUCCAUCCACUCAUCCAUUCACACCCAGGCCGUCAAUCACAACGCGACAUUCCAGUCCGCACACUCCCAUUCGAGACACGACGCAGCAACAAACCCGCCCGCCCUCGCUCGCUUGCGCCCCCGACUCGACCUCCAUACAGCGGUACCCUGCAGUGCAUUGCAUUCGCUGAAUCCCUCCACUUCACCUCAACCUUCGUCCAACCUCCCACCUCCACUGUCUCUCGUCGGAUCUCCCCCGCCCGAUUCGCACCAUCACUCGCCCAAGCACAUCAGACGUUCCGCUCCCCGUAGACCCCCAGAGCUCCGGGUCCAGCACUGUCGCCCCUCCUUCCACUACAGACACGAGGCAAAAAUAUUCCUGGCCCUUUCGUCGCCUUGCAAACAUCAGUCGCCCAUCAUGAAGAACCAUUCCCUACCGCGCCCAUCGCGCCCUUCGGUCGCUCCUCCCACCGGCCCGUUGCCUUCGCUACCCGUCGCGAAAUCCCGAGCGUCCAAUGUCGGUGCUCCAUCUCGUGCGACCCAGGGCUCACUGCUCCCCGCAUCCGCCUCCGCCAGUCGUGCCGUCUCUUCCUCUGCCCUACCAACGAUACGUCCGGCAACAAGAGGAAACCCGACCUCCUCACCACACAAUUCCUCCUCAUCCCUCACCGAGUCGCCUGCAUCCUCCCUGCCGCCCGGCAAGUCACUGCGGAAAACAGUCAGUAUUGGCGCUUUUCCCCAACCACCCAAGCAUAGUUUGCCCUCAGCCCCAGCUAAGACACCAACGAGGAAUAGUAGUGGUGGCAAGAAGGUGGCACCCAGAGUGUCAAAUAUAGGAGGAUCAAGAGCUCUGUUAGGAAAGUCCCCCCUGUCGCCGCCUAGCUUUCUCAACGGGAGUGGAGAAUCCAUGGCAGUCGAGACCAGCCACCUAAGCCUUCCGUCACCGCCGCAAAGUAGGAACUCUUCAGCUCAAGGGUCAUAUGCGACGAGCGUAACCACCUUUGAAGACGUUGGAGAUGCCGACGCGCGAGGCCGGUCGGAAAAUCAAAACAUGGACGCGGGUGCCAUGGCAAAGGACGGCAAGGGCAAUGUUCUCGUCAGUGUGCGAGUGAGACCAGAUUCUGGCGCCAAAGACAAUAAACCGGAAGUGGAUUGGGUGGUGAACAACAAACAGUCCUUGAUUGCGUUCAGAGGCAAGGAAGGCGGCGAUUACUAUUAUGAUAAUGUGUUCGAUCCCCAGGACAACAAUCGCCGUGUAUAUGAUGCGGCAGCAAAGCGACUGGUUCGUCGGGUCAUGGAGGGUUACCACGGAACCGUAUUCGCAUAUGGUAUGACUGGUACUGGAAAAACCUUUUCCAUGCAAGGCACUGCCACGAAUCCUGGUGUGAUUCCGUUGGCCAUCACUGAUAUUUUUUCCUACAUCCGCGAGACGCCACACCGUGAAUUCCUCUUACGAGUCAGCUAUCUGGAAAUAUAUAACGAAAAGAUACACGAUCUGCUGGCUGGCCCGAUUGUGGGUACCAAUGGUCAGGCCGUACCACAAGAAGAGAUCAAGCUCAGAGAAGACAGCAAACGUGGUGUUUAUGCGACACCGCUCAAGGAAGAGAUUGUGCAGAGCCCAACACAGCUGCUUAGAGUCAUUGCUCGUGGUGACAACGCCCGUCGAGUUUCCGCAACCCAAUUCAAUGCGCGCAGCUCGCGCAGUCACGCCGUUGUGCAAAUCGUGGUGGAGAGCCGCGAGCGUGUUGGUGGAAACACCAAUUCGAAACGCGCAGCAAUUACACCCGGUGGUGUCCGGGUAUCCACUUUGAGCCUGAUUGAUCUGGCGGGAUCGGAAAAGGCUGCGGAGAGUAAAGAGAGGCGGACGGAGGGGUCUCAUAUCAACAAAAGCUUACUCACUUUGGGCACGGUCAUUGCACGUUUGUCAAGUGACAAGGAGAAAGCCGCAUCGGACAAGGACAAGGGCAACAAGGACAAACAUCUGCCAUAUCGGGACAGCAAGCUUACUAGGCUAUUGCAGCCUGCCCUCUCCGGUAACUCGCUGGUCAGCAUUCUGUGCACAAUUCAGAUUGGAGCCACGGGCAGCCCUGCCGCAGUCAACACGCACACGGGCGAGACCUUGAACACGCUCAAAUUCGCGUCGCGUGCGAAGAACAACAUUGUGAGCCAUGCUAAGAAGGCGGACGAAUCCAUGGGAGCUGGUGGUGAUGCUGGAAGUCGGGCAUUGCUGGACAGAUAUCGUCUCGAGAUACAGGAGCUGAGGAAACAGCUCGAGGGACAAAACAAGACCAAGGAGAUCAAGGAAAAACAGCCAGAUGCCCUGAUAGCAAGAGAAGAGCUUGAAAAGGAUGAGGUGGAAGAAAAGGCAAGGGAGGUGGAGGAGAGGCAGCGGCACGAGGAGCAAAUGCUCGAGAUGCAGCUCGCUAGGACUGCGCUCAAAGAACGCAUAGAACAUCUCAACCGUCUGAUCUUGAGCUCGAAAUCAUUGGGAGUUAACAACGGCCGAUCCUUUUCGUCUAUGAGUCUCCAACGAGGGGCCUCAGUUCUGAGCAUGAGCAAUGUGGGAGAAAUACGUCCAGUUUCGGUGCGGUCAUCGGGCAGUCACGCUACGUUGGAGGUGCCGAAACGAGGUUCGCACUCCACAAUCUCACCCCUACCCAUAGACGGCUCGGAAGAGGAGGACUCGCUGGGAGACAACGGUGACGGGACGGCCAGCCAGGGAGCGCAGAUCAACGCACUUCAGUCUGAUCUCGCGGACAAGAAUCGGUACAUUGCGACUCUGGAAAAGCGACUACUCCAAGCUCGCCGAUCGAGUCACUCGCGUGUGUCCAUGUCUCUUUCGCAGAAGAUGGUCGAGAGUGAAGAUGGCGGUGUCAGUGCCGCGAUGGCAGAAAAAGACGCCGAAAUCUCCAGUCUACGGGCGCAGUUGGAGGACAAGGAGCGAAUGAUCUCAGCACUAACUUCUGCGCGGAAAAAGGGCGAAGCGGCUCAAGAGAUCGUCAGCGAAGGAUCGCCAGGUAGCAGGAGGACCUCUCGCCAGCAUAGCGAGGGCAGCACUCCCAACACUGUUGCGACAGGGAAGACGACUGCCUCACCUACGUCCACGAUCAGCCCCCUGAAGAUUUCGCCACAAAAGUCAAUCUACACUCCAAAGACGCAGAGAAACAUUGCGGACAUGACGAGAAUGCUUGACGAACUCAUUUCGAAGCAAGUGGAUUCAGUCAAGGGUGAAGGAGAUGGGCCGAGACGGGGCAGCUUGGACCGAGAGUUCCGUCGAGAAGCUGGAAACGAGGCCCGACGAGGAAGUUUACCAGGAGAGAGUAGCGGACCGGCGCCACGACGGAGUAGCAGCCUCCGACCACGACCUGUGAACGAGAUAUCGGUCAAUGACAUCUAA